UGGGCGGGAGCCGGAUGUGACGGCGGCCGCGGGGCCGCUGCCGGCCGGGAGCGCCGCCCCUCGCCCUCAUGGCGGCCCGGCGGGGCACGGACGAGAUGCGCGACCGCGUGGUGCUGGGCGAGUUCGGCGUCCGCAACGUCCACACCACCGACUUCCCCGGGAACUACCCCGGCUACGAGGACGCCUGGGACCAGCGGCGCUUCGAGGAGGCCUUCCGCGUGGACGUGAUCCGUGAGGAGGAGGACACCCUGGAGUUCGACAUGGUGGGCAUCGACGCCGCCAUCGCCAACGCCUUCCGCCGCAUCCUGCUCGCCGAGGUGCCCACGAUGGCUGUAGAGAAGGUCUUUGUGUAUAACAACACAUCCAUUGUGCAGGAUGAAAUUCUGGCUCAUAGGUUGGGCCUCAUCCCUAUCCGAGCUGACCCUCGGCUCUUUGAGUACAGAAACCAAGGAGAUCAAGAAGGGACUGAAAUUGACACUCUGCAGUUUCAGCUGAAAAUCAAAUGUAAACGAAACCCUCAUGCUGCCAAGGAAUCAUCUGAUCCUGAUGAACUAUAUUUCAAUCAUAAAGUGUACAGUAAGCACAUGACGUGGGUGCCCCUGGGGAAUCAGACAGACCUUUUUCCAGAUGCUGACUUCCGACCCGUUCACGAUGACAUCCUCAUUGCACUGUUGCGACCGGGGCAGGAAAUAGAUGUGCUGAUGCACUGUGUCAAGGGUAUAGGUAAGGAUCACGCCAAGUUCUCUCCUGUGGCCACAGCCAGUUAUCGACUGCUUCCUGACAUUACUCUCCUGCAGCCCAUUGAGGAUGAGGCAGCUGAGACCUUGCAGAAGUGCUUUUCCCCUGGGGUCAUUGAGAUCCAGAACAUCAAUGGAAAGAAGGUGGCAAGAGUAGCCAACGCUCGGCUGGACACAUUCAGCAGAGAAGUGUUCCGACAUGAGGGCCUGAAAAACCUCGUGCGCCUGGCAAGAGUACGGAACCACUACAUCUUUUCCGUGGAGUCGACGGGUAUCUUGCCUCCAGAUGUGCUGGUGAGUGAAGCCAUCAAGAUCCUGAUGGGAAAGUGUCAGCGCUUCCUCAAUGAGCUGGACUCGGUGUCUAUGGAGUGACCAGGCUGUAGCUGGGAAAGCAGAAACCUGCACUGCUGUUCUGGGCUUCCUGCACCUGCCUCUAGGGGGAAUUCCUCUUCCAUAGGCAGGGCCUUGCUCAGCGUCCAAGGACUGUCUCUGGAUUGUUCUGUUGGUAAUGAGCCGUAGUGAGAAGAUGCAAUCAAAUAAAGGCUUUUUUUCUUUU